UGGUUUGACUCAAGGUUUAUUAACUGUUGGUAAUUCACUUAGACAUAAGUGACGUUAUUCUGAUUGAACCUCCUCCACGCGCAGCUUGGUGUGGGCUGGAACUUUCCACAAGCCGGAAGAACACAAUCAACGAGGAGGGGAUGGAGGUUGACUGUCCACCUGAAGACUCUAUCGUUUCUUUUGAUGAAGACUGUGUGGAGCUUGGGGGCGUCAAAGACAUGAGAUUAGAGGCAGAAGCAGUAGUUAAUGAUGUGCUUUUUGCCGUCGCAGAAAUGCACGUGUCCCAAAGUCUCAACAAUGCAUCAGAUGUGGCCUACAUAAAUGUGGAAACGAGAGAGGGAAAUCGGUAUUGUCUGGAGCUCACAGAAGCAGGGCUGAGGGUGGUGGGCUAUGCCUUUGACCAAGUGGAUGAAGAUUUGAGCACCCAGUAUCAUGAGACUGUUUACUCGCUUCUGGACACGCUGAGUCCACGUUACAGAGAAGCCUUUGGGAAUGCUUUGCUCCAGCGGCUGGAGAGGCUCAAGCAAAAUGGACAAUGAAAAGGACCAAGAGGGUUUACUGAUGUUGUGUUCAGAGAUGAGCCAGUAAUAACCAAGUCUACUGAAAUACUAUAUCCUGUCAUGUGAAAUCCACCUGCAUAGCUACCACUACAAUAAGGGGUACCCUGCAAUAUCAACUUUGUGUUCAGAGUGUCAUGCCAUUGAGUGACUUCAUGUCAGCUGCUUGGGACUGGCUGCAUGGAAUCUGUUGCAACAUUGUCUUGUUGACUUCAACUGUGGAAAUAUCUUCCAGCUUUCACAUGUUACACAUGUGCAACUGUGCAUAUUGUUUAUAGAGGUUUUUGCACCUUUUGUACUCGUCAAAAUGAUCUGAGAAAGAAACAGCAAGUUGUAUGGAUAUUGAUCCAGUUUUAUCCCUUGCUCUGCUUGCACUAAAGCUGUGACCUGAGGACUGAUAUCUGCUUAAAUAUGCCAACUAUUCCGCCCUCAUGCAGGUGUCUCAGUUUAAGAGCCAAAGCUAUAUUCUUUCUGCAUAACUCAAAUAUAGAUACUGCCUUAAUGACUAACUUUUGGUUGGGAAAAGUACAAAGUCUUUUGAGCCUCGUGAUGUUCGGAUGAUUUUAUAUUGAUGAAGGUAUUUUGUGGGGCUGUGACUUAACACAGAAAGCUAGGUCAGAAACAGAACUCAUCAGAAACGUGCUAAUAUAAUUAAAUGGAGCUGCUCUAUAGAACGUGGUUUAUCAAUACCACUUAUCAAAUUGUGUUUGUUACUUUUUUCUCCAUGAUGCACAACAUUCCAUCUCAACAUUGCUUUUCAAUUUUUGCAGAAAAGGUAAAGCUACUCUUGAUGUGGUCUUGUUUUAAAGCUUUAAGUUUCUUUGCAUGGCAUUUGUUCUAAAUGAAAACUGACUUUUGCUUUAAGAUGUUGGUUUAUUAUACUUGACUUGGUUUAUAUUUCUACUUUUCUUUGCAUUCAUUCCUUAUUGCUGACCUUUGUUCAGUCCAAUAAAUUCAGUCAUUUCUAAAGUGCA